CCUAUCCCGUCCCUUUCACUGUUUUAAAAAAUUAUAAUUAAUUAACCAUACAGAGUUUGAGCUACCGAACCAAUCAACCACCAAGUGUCCUUUCCUUUCUUCUUUCAUUCAUUCUUUCUUUCAAACACUACCUUUUUUUUUUCUUAAAGGCUUUUAAGUUAAUUAAACCAUUCUUUUUCUACCCACCAAUGCCUUCUCACACCCAUUCCCAAUUCAUUUCCGUGUGCCCACUACUCACUGCUCCACCGUUUCCUAAUCCCCAAUUCCAUUCCUAGGGUUCACUUUUUUUUUUAAAUUUUAAUUUUUUUGUUGACGUUAAAGAAAUAUGUUUAUAUAAACAGGGAAGAGCUCUUCCUGGAAUAUAUUAUAUGGUUUAUAAUUUAUGAUUUUGUUGUUUAAUGGAAAGUUGUGAACAAGUAGAAUCCACCACGGCGGUGUGUAAGCCUUGUUUACAAGACGACGCCCGCGGCGGUGGCGGUGAUGAUGUCAGUAAUAAUAUUAAAUGUUCGAAUCGUGAUUCUCUACAAGGAGUGGAGUUCAUGAGCAUCGAUCAAUGCCAGAAGAAUACGGAUAUGGACGAUUCGAAGCUUGUCGGAAACGGUAACGUGGCGGUUCGAGGAGAUGGUGGUGCUACGGUUGAGAUUGGAGCGGGAGAUGGAGUUCAAGUUGUGGAGAUGAUGAGAGCGGGGAAACGGAGGCGGGGAAGGCCGCCGAGGAAUCAGGCAAGAAUCGUGUCGUCAUCGGCGCCAUCACCUCAAAGGAACAAGGAGGACGAAGAAGACGUUUGCUUUAUAUGCUUCGAUGGCGGAAGUCUCGUACUUUGUGAUCGCCGGGGCUGUCCUAAGGCUUACCAUCCACCCUGUAUCAAAAGGGAUGAGGCAUUCUUUAAAUCUAAGGCAAAAUGGAACUGCGGGUGGCAUAUAUGUAGCAGUUGUCAGAAAGCUUCACAUUAUAUGUGCUAUACUUGUACAUAUUCCUUGUGCAAGAAUUGCACCAAAGGCGCUGAUUACGUGAAUGUAAGAGGAAAUAAAGGAUUUUGUGGAACGUGCAUGAGAACCGUAAUGCUGAUUGAAAACAGCGCAUUAGGAAAUAAGGAAAUGGUUCAAGUGGAUUUUGAUGACCAAGCUAGUUGGGAGUAUCUCUUCAAGGUUUAUUGGAUUUUAUUGAAAGAAAAAUUGUCUUUAAAUUUAGAUGAGCUUACCAAAGCUAAAAAUCCCUGGAAGGAAAUUGCUAUACCGGGUCCUAAGGGAGAAUCAUCAGGUGAACUUAAUAACAGUAUUAAUGUUAAUGUUGGUAAUGGAGAAAAAGCUUUUAGAGACCUAGGAGCAAGUUCUUCCAAGAGAAGGAAAACAAUGAAACAACAGAACUUUUCUAACAAAGUUAGAUCUCUAGAUAUGAACGGGAUGCCAUUGCCUGAAGGCAUAAAUUGGGCAACAAAGGAGCUUCUUGAAUUUGUGGCACACAUGAAAAAUGGUGAUACAUCUAUGGUUUCUCGUUUUGAUGUUCAGGCACUUUUGCUUGAGUACAUAACAAGAAGCAAUCUUCGUGAUCCUUGCCACAGUUCUUACAUUGUCUGUGAUUCGAGGCUUAUAAAAUUGUUUCGAAAAGCAAGGGUUGGCCACUUUGAAAUGUUAAAGCUUCUUGAUUCUCAUUUCCUCAGCAAAGAUCAUUCAAGGCUCAUUGGUAGAGGAGGAGCCACCAAAGCUUUUGCUACCCAAUUGGCUGUUGAUGGGAAUAGUGAUGGUCAACCCGUAAUUACCAAUGAUAAGAGUUGUAAAACUAGUAAAAAGGUUGAUGGUCAACCCAUCAAUGUUAAUAAGAACGGUGAUGGUCCACUGAAGGGAGUUGAUGUUGUGAGUGAUAUAGGAAGCAGGGAAACUAGCAUACCACCUUAUUCUACAGGAAUGGAGCUAUCUGUAAAUAAUAUUGAGACAGAUAAAAUAUGGCACUAUAAAGACCCGCUUGGGAAAACUCAAGGGCCAUUUUCUAUGGCAAUGUUAGGUAAAUGGAGCAUGAGUGGUGUUUCCCCUUCUGAUCUGAGAAUAUGGCGAACAAGUGAAAAGCAGGCGGACUCCAUUCUCUUAACUGAUGCUUUUGAUAUUCAGUACAGCCAAGGGAAACAGUUGUUUCAUAACAGCUGCGUACCAAUUAAGGGUGUCAUUGCCUCUGAUGAUGGAUGUCAGGACAGGGAUAGUGAUGCUAGGGAGAACAAGGAUCUGAAUGUAAAUCAGAUGGAAAACAAACAGGUUGAGGAGAGUUCGAAGUCAACGCAGAGCGAUACAAGUGGUGAUUGUUUUGGUAAAAAUGAACAUGUGAAGAGCAAAGAAUUUGGCUCUCAAUCUUCACCUUGUAGUGCCUCUGUAGAUAUUGUCAAUUCAAAUGCAGAACAAAUGGGAAGUCCUUUACCACAUCAGGAAUCUGUGAAGGGUGAUAAUUACUUCCCUGGUCAGCCCCAAGUAAGUAGUUCACUUCCCUCAUCAACAGUAUGUCAGAAACCACAUGAAACCCGGUCUUGUGAAGUAGGCGACGGUCAUGGGGUUGAAAGAUGGGACUGUGGUUCAGUUGACAUGAAUGAAGAUUUGAACAAGACUUAUGAAGGACAAAUCAUUGCUGAAAAUGUGAAGCAAGAAGAUAAUGACAGAAAAUCAGGUAAAUCUUGUAGGCAAAGUGGGACAUCUUCAUCUUUAAACGAUGCUUCAAAUGGAUGGGAUUUGAAUUCUGGUCUGAUUUCUCUGGAAAAAGCAUUUGAAGUAUCGGAGCAGAAUCAUGAUAUUGAUUUCUCAACUCUUCCUACCUCAACAUCAAAUUUGAACAAUGAAGACUCAAAACGUCAUGCUACUGAAUUCAAACAGUCUCCUCCUUCGAAUGUGCCUCAUCAAGAUUCAGGUCCUAGUUGGAGUACAGCUUCUAGUCUAGUCGGUAUUGGAUCACAACUUCCUGAAGUAGCUGGUGAAUGGGGUGGGUAUUCCUCCACUCUAGUGAAACCUUCUGCAGAGGAAUGGUUUUCGGGUCUUGUGUCCGAGUCUUCUUUGAAACCAACUGACUUAGAAAGUAAUCAUUCGGCUAUACCAACUUCAGGAAAUGGCCAAAUGACACAUUCUUCUUCCACAGAUCCUGCGAAUAAUGCAUCUGGUUGGGAUGCAAUUGUUGCCGGACCCCAUGAGUAUCCUUUGGGUGAUGAAUCUGUUUCUGAUCUCUUGGCUGAAGUUGAAGCGAUGGAGUCACUUAAUGGCUUGCCGUCACCUACUUCAAUUUUGUGUUCUGAUGGUGAGUUGGCACAAGGUUCUGAACAUAAUUGUUUUAGCCCUGUAGGAGGACUGAGCCCUGUACAUGAUCCAGGAAAAAGCAAUACUUUGAGCCCCAGAAAUAAUCUACAAAGGUCUUCUCAGUCAGCUGUGACCAAUGAGCAGUUUGGGGUGUCUCAGUCUGAGGUUCUUGAUGUUCAUAAGAGUUCUGGUGGGCAUUCUUCCACAAGUCCUGAAAUAGAUUCUACUUUAUAUUCUACUUGGAGAGCAGGGCCUGAAACUACGGGCACCAAUUUGAGAACAGUUCAAGGAAAUGCGAAUUUUAAUUGGGGAGGUUCAGGUCAAGGAAAUACGAAUUUUAGUAGGGGAACAGCUGAGGUAACAUUCCAGGAAAAUGGAAGCAUCAAUGCAAGCACUUCUGCAGGGAAUCCGCCCUAUUGGGGAAGCCAACAGAGGUAUACUGGUCCAAGGGACCAGGGUUUUGAGGGAAGAGAUUCAAGUUUUGGUAGGGACAGGUACUCUUCGAAUAGGCAGUCGUCCUAUGAUGGUCCAAAUGGAGUUGGUUCUUCGAGACCUCUGCCCAAAGGGAAACGGGUUUGUAAAUUUUACGAAAGUGGGUAUUGCAAGAAGGGAGCAUCAUGCAGUUACUGGCACCCUUGAUUAGUCAUUUAACUUGUAAGCUGUGACAGUAGGUACCAUUCAAGCUAGGCCUGAGAAUACCGUAUCAUUUCAGUUCCCAGGAUAUAAUGGCACCUUCCAUUGUAGGUUGCCUCAUUGUCAAGGCCUAGCCUAACUCUUUCACUGAAAUAGGUAGUUGAUUUGCUACACAGGGUUGGUUGGUAGUGGUAAAGUGCUAUAUAUAGUAUUUUACUUACUAUGAAGCAUCAAUUUUUGUUAGAAUUAUUUACAGAAGUCGUAUGAACUCGGAUGCAUUUGGAGUACUGGAUUAUAUGAUUGUUGCUUAAGGUCCAAGUAAACGCUUUUAUUGAUUCUAAUUCUAAUCAUUCUAUGAUUAUGGCAA